GGCACUUCGGCGCGCGGGAGGCCAUGGGCAAAGGCGGUGAGUCCACCAAGUUUGUCCGGGCGCCUUGGGUAAAGCAGGAGGCCCCGAAGAGGUCAACAUACCAGUCCGCGUAUGACAGCUCCUACAAGGGCAAGGGCAAGGGUAAAGACAAGGGCAAGGGCAAGGGCAAGGGGAAAGGCAAAGACAAGGGCAAGGGCAAGAGGAAGGGCCCGGCCCCCUUCGACUCCGAGUUCUGGGAGGUCAAGAAGGCGGAUGAGAAUAGAAGAGCGCUGGCAGGCACCUUCACUGGCACAAUCAACAAGUAUCGGCAGGGAUGGGGCCUGAUAUUGCCGGACGACGUGGAUUCUCUGCCAGGGAAGGCCAAGGCGGCCCUGGAGAAGUCGAACGAGGAGUCGAGGGCGAGGGCGGAGGAGAAGGAGCGCGAGUUCACCUCCGAAAACUGCAUCUACUUCCGCAAGCCCGACUGCGAUCCCGGGAUGUUCCCGCUGCAGGAUAACAUGGUGGUGAAUUUCGAGGUGUACCUGGACAACAAGGGGCUUGGCGCCUGCAACAUCACGUCCGCCGAAGUGGACGCCGAAGCAUAA